UUUUAGGUUUUGCUAGCACUAACUGGUAGUUAGGUACAUGCAUAAAGCGGUAUUUCAAAUGUAUGUUUUGAAUGUCAGGCGGAUAACAGGCUAUGUACAAGACGUGUGGGCUUAGUAAUGUCGUUCAUAAAAAAAUGUAUUAUGUUUGGUUUAAUACUUGCAAUACUACCCAGCUUGUUGAAACGAUACUAUAAGAUUACUAUCGACACGCCAAACGAGGAAUACGACUUUAUAAUAGUUGGCAGUGGAACAAGUGGCAAUGUGAUUGCAAGCCGUCUUACAGAAUCACCAAACGUCACAGUUCUCGUUGUGGAGGCCGGCGAUGAUGACGCACCGAAUCCACUGAUUUCAAUUCCUGCCAUGUGUGGCCAAACACAAAAAUCUUCAGCGGAUUGGAUGUAUAAAACGGUAUCGCAGAAACAGGCGUGUCUUGGACUGACAAAUCAAGAAAGCUCGUGGCCACGUGGAAAAGUGCUUGGUGGGACCAGCAGUCUUAACUUUAUGGUGUACGCGAGAGGGAGUAAACAUGACUUUGAUGAAUGGGAAACCAUGGGCGCUUCUGGAUGGAAUUAUAAGGAUGUUCUUCCCUACUUUAAAAAGCUGGAGAAUGCUACGAGCGUCGGCGGUGACGGUGAGCUGAGAGGGAAAGAUGGGCCACUGAAACUUUCUUAUCCUUACUUGCAUUUCGUGACGGAGUUGUUUGUGAAAGCGGGACAACAAAUAGGUCUCGCCACAUCCGAUUAUAAUGGCAAGAAUCCUGAAGGUAUCGCAUAUAGUCAAACAACUAUCUGGAACGCACAGCGUCAGAACUCUGCUACAAGCUACUUAAGGCCAAUUAUACAUGAGAGACGUCAUCGCUUACACGUCAUUGGUCGCGCUCACGUGCGCCAGAUAGUGUUCGAGGAGGAAGAAGACGGAAGAAAGCGAGCGUCGGGAGUAAUCUACGUCAGAGAUGACGUAGAAGUCAAAGUUAGAGCGAGGAAGGAAGUUAUAGUGAGCGGGGGUGCUGUGGGGACUCCCCAUCUUCUCAUGUUAUCAGGGGUUGGACCCAAACAACAUCUUAAAGAUUUGGGGAUAAAUGCGAUUGCUGACCUUCCAGGAGUCGGAUCUAAUCUCCAAGAUCACGUGAUGGUCCCUGCUCCUUUCUAUGCAACCAAAUUACCGCCAAGAUCUUCGCUGGACAUGUAUACGCCUCUGCUUGGUAUCCUCCCCUACAUAUUUACAUCCAGUGGCCCUCUGUUGAGUUCUGGUGGUGUAGAAGCUAACGCAUUCAUUCGUUCCCAUCUCGCUAAAGAGGGAAGGCCAGAUAUUCAGUUAAUUGUACAGAGCGCAAGAUGGGACUUUGGUAUGACCAUGAACAUGAUAUUAGAUCUGCUAAAUCUUGACGCUGAGCAUAUGAAGAGAAUAGAAAAAUGGAGAGUGACCCAAAAUGCUGAAACCACAGCGCACUUCUUAAUACAGACUGGUCUUGUCCGUCCACACAGUGUUGGGACGAUACGACUAAAAAGUUCAAACUAUAAAGACCAUCCUCUGAUUGAUCCGCAAUAUUUAACUGAUAAGAGAGACGUUGAAAUAUUAAUAGCAGCAAUGCGGAAAAACGAAGCGCUAGAACAAACAGAGGCAUUUAAAUCAGUUGACGCCAAACUGGAGUUCGGAUACUACGGUUGCGGGAACGAAACCAGCCCAAGGUCAGAUAAAUUCUAUGAAUGUGUGAUACGGUUGAUUACGUUAACAAUAUAUCAUCCUGUUGGAACGGCAAAGAUCGGGUCAAAGGAUGACGUCAUGGCGGUGGUCGAUCCACGGUUAAAGGUUUAUAAAGUGGACGGCUUACGAGUGGCUGAUGCUUCAGUAAUGCCUAGUAUUACAUCAGCAAACACACAAGCCCCUUGUUACAUGAUUGGAGAGAAAGCAGCUGACAUGAUAAAGGAGGACUGGGUGUUAUAGAACUGUGAGACUUGAAUAAACGGUUGUUUAGGUUUUGGUGAUAUUUUUAAUUGUUUUUACCUCGACAUAUAUGCACUGUUCUACUAAAAACUUUAAUUGUACAGCCUAUUUACAUGUUUUUCUGUAAUUUUAUUCAUCUUUUAAAUCCUGAAAUGCCUCGAAAUGUAUAUUGUAUACUAUUAACACGUUAUACGUUUCCUAAUUAAAAAUAUUGUUUAAAAUGA